AUGGCGGCAGAAGAAGCGGCGAGCACCGAGAGGCGGCAGCAGAAGAAGCGGCGAGUCCGAGAGGCGGCAGCAGAAGAAGCGGCGAACACCGAGAGGCGGCAGCAGAAGAAGCGGAGAGCACGGAGAGACGGCGGCAGAAGAAGCGGCGAGUACCGAGAGACGGCGGGAGAAGAAGCGAAGAAGCGGCGAGUACCGAGAGGCGGCAGCAGUAGAAGCAGCGAAAACCGAGAGGCGGCAGCAGAAGAAGCGGAGAGCACAGAGAGACGGCGGCACAAGAAGCGGCGAGUACCGAGAGACGGCGGCAGAAGAAGCGGCAAGUACCGAGAGACGGCGGCAGAAGAAGUAGCGAGCACCGAGAGACGGCGGAAGAAGAAGCGGCGAGCACCGAGAGGCGGCAGCAGAAGAAGCGGCGAGCACCGAGAGGAGGCAGCAGAAGAAGCGGCGAACACCGAGAGACUGCGGCAGAAGAAGCGGCGAGCACCGAGAGGCAGCAGUAGAAGAAGUGGCGAACACCGUUAUUCGGCAGCAGAAGAAGCGGAGAGCACGGAGAGACGGCGGCAGAAGAAGCGGCGAGUACCAAGAGACGGCGGCAGAAGAAGCGGCGAGCCCGAGAGGCGGCAGCAGAAGAAAGCUUCGAACACCGAGAGGCGGCAGCAGAAGAAGCGGAGAGCACGGAGAGACGGCGGCAGAAGAAGCGGCGAGUACCGAGAGACGGCGGCAGAAGAAGCUGCGAGCACCGAGAGACGGAAGCAGAAGAAGCGGAGAGCACGGAGAGACGGCGGCGGAAGAAGGGGCGAGUACCGAGAGGCGGAAGCAGAAGAAGCGGAGAGCACGGAGAGACGGCGGCAGAAGAAGCGGCGAGUACCGAGAGAUGGCGGCAGAACAAGCAGCGUGCACCGAGAGACGGCGGCAGAAGAAGCGGCGAGCACCGAAAGACGGCAUAACAAGGAGCGGCGAGUACCGAGAGACGGCGGCAGAAGAACUGGAGAGCACCGAGGGGCGGCAGCAGAAAAAGUGGCGAGCACCGAGAGGCGGCAGCAGAAGAAGCGGAGAGCACAGAGAGACAGCGGCACAAGAAGCGGGGAGUACCAAGAGACGGCGGCAGAAGAAGCGGAGAGCAGCGAGAGACGGCGGCAGAAGAAGGGGCGAGCACCAAGAGGCGGCAGCAGAAGAUCCGGCGAACACAGUGAGACGGCGGCAGAAGAAGCGGCGAACACCGAGAGGCGGCAGGAGAAGAAGCGGCGAGCACCGAGAGGCGGCAGCAGAAAGCGCGGCGAACACCGAGAGACGGCGGCAGAAGAAGCGGAGAGCACGGAGAGACGGCGGCAGAAGAAGCGGCGAGCACUGAGAUGCGGCAGCAGAAGAAGCGGCGAAAACCGAGAGGCGGCAGCAGAAGAAGCGGAGAGCACGGAGAGAUGGCGGCAGAAGAAGCGUCGAGCACCGAGAGGCGGCAGAAGAAGAAGCGGCGAGUACCGAGAGGCGGCAGCAGAAGAAGCGGCGAGUACCGAGAGACAGCGACAGAAGAAGCGGCGAGCACCGAGAGACGGCAGCAGAAGAAGCGAAGAGCACGGAGAGACGGCGGCAGAAGAAGCGAAGAAGCAGCGAGCACCGAGAGAUGGCGGCAGAAAAAGCGGCGAGCACCGAGCGGCGGCAGCAGAAGAAGCGGCGAGCACCGAGAGACGGCAGCAGAAGAAGCGAAGAGCACGGAGAGACGGCGGCAGAAGAAGCGGCGAGUACCGAGAGGCGGCAGCAGUAGAAGCAGCGAAAACCGAGAGGCGGCAGCAGAAGAAGCGGAGAGCACGGAGAGACGGCGGCAGAAGAAGCGGCGAGUACCGCGAGACGGCGGCAGAAAAAGCAGCGUGCACCGAGAGACGGCGGCAGAAGAAGCAGCGAGCACCGAGAGACGGCAUAACAAGAAGCGGCGAGUACCGAGAGACGGCGGCAGAAGAAGUGGAGAGCACCGAGAGGCGGCAGCAGAAGAAGCGGCGAGCACCGAGAGGCGGCAGCAGAAGAAGCGGAGAGCACGGAGAGACAGCGGCACAAGAAGCGGCGUGUACCGAGAGACGGCGGCAGAAGAAGCGGAGAGCAGCGAGAGACGGUUGCAGAAGAAGGGGCGAGCACCAAGAGGCGGCAGCAGAAGAUCUGGCGAACACCGUGAGACGGCGGCAGAAGAAGCGGCGAGCACCAAGAUACGGCGGCAGAAGAAGCGGCGAGCACCGAGAGACGGCGGAUGAAAAAGCGGAGAGCACGAAGAGACGGUGGCAGAAGAAGCGGCGAGCACCAAGAGGUGGCAUCAGAAGAAGCGGAGAGCACGGAGAGACGGCGGCAGAAGAAGUGGCGAGCACCGAGAGGCGUCAGCAGAAGAAGCGGCAAACACCGAGAGACAGCGGCAGAAGAAGCGGCGAGCACGGAGAGACGGCGGCAGAAGAAGCUUCGAGCACCGAGAGGCGGCAGCAGAAGAAGCAGAGAGCACGGAGAGACGGCGGCACAAGAAGCGGCGAGUACCGAGAGACGGCGGCAGAAGAAGCGGAGAGCAGCGAGAGACGGCUGCAGAAGAAGGGGGAGCACCAAGAGGCGGCAGCAGAAGAUCCGGCAAACACCGAGAGACGGCGGCAGAAGAAGCGGCGAGCACCAAGAGACGGCGGCAGAAGAAGCGGCGAGCACCGAGAGACGGCGGCAGAAGAAGCGGCGAGCACCAAGAGACGGCGGAUGAAGAAGCGGGGAGCACGGAGAGAUGGCGGCAGAAGAAGCGGCGAGCACCGAGAGGCGGCAGCAGAACAAGCGGAGAGCACGGAGAGACGGCGGCAGAAGAAGUGGCGAGCACCGAGAGUCGUCAGCAGAAGAAGCGGCGAACACCGAGAGACGGCGGUGGGAGAAGCGGCGAGCACCGAGAGACGGCGGCAGAAGAAGUGGCAAGCACCGAGAGACGGCGGAAGAAGAAGCGGCGAGCACCGAGAGACUGCGGCAGAAGAAGCGGAGAGCACGGAGAGACGGCGGCAGAAGAAGUGGCGAGCACGGAGACACGGCGGCAGAAGAAGCGGCGAGCACCGAGAGACGGCGGCAGAAGAAGUGGAGAGCAUGGAGAGACGGCGGCAGAAGCAGCGGCGACCACCGAGAGGCGGCAGCAGAAGAAGUGGACAGCACGGAGAGACGGCGGCAGAAGAAGCGGCGAGCACCGAGAGACGGCGGCAGAAGAAGCGGAGAGCGCGGAGAGACGGCGGCAGAAGAAGCGGCGAGCACCGAGAGGCGGCAGCAGAAGAAGCGGAGAGCACGGAGAGACGGCGGCAGAAGAAGCGGCGAGCACCGAGAGACGGUGGCAGAAGAAGCGGCGAGCACCGUGAGGCGGCAGCAGAAGAAGCAGAGAGCACGGAGAGACGGCGGCAGAAGAAGCGGCGAGUACCUAGAGACGGCAGCAGAACAAGCGGUGAACACAGAGAGGCGGCAGCAGAAGAAGCGGCGAGCACCAAGGACGGCGGCAGAAGAAGCGGCGAGCACCGAGAGGCGGCAGCAGGAGAAGCGGCGAGCACCGAGAGACCGCGUCAGAAGAAGCGGCGAGCACCUAGAGGCGGUAGCAGAAGAAGCGGCGAACACCGAGAGGCGGCAGUAGAAGAAGCGGAGAGCACGGAGAGACGGCGGCACAAGAAGCGUCGAGUACCGAGAGACGGCAGCAGAAGAAGCAUAGAGCACCGAAGGACGGCGGCAGAAGUAGCGGGGAGCACCGAGAGGCGGCAGCAGAAGAAGCGGCGAGCACGGAGAGACCGCGGCAGGAGAAGCGGCGAACACCGAGAGACGGCGGAAGAAGAAGCGGCGAGCACCGAGAGGCGGCAGCAGAAGAAGCGGCGAACACCGAGAGGCGGCAGCAGAAGAAGCGGAGAGCAUGGAGAGACAGCGGCAGAAGAAGCUCAAAAGAAGCGGAGAGCACGGAGAGACGGCGACAGAAGAAGCGGCGAGUACCGAGAGACGGCGGUAGAAGAAGCGGCGAGCCCGAGAGGCGGCAGCAGAAGAAGCAGCGAACACCGAGAGACGGCGGCAGAAGAAGCGGCGAGCACCGAGAGGCGGCAGCAGAAGAAGCGACGAACUCUGAGAGACGGCUGCAGGAGAAGCGGCGAGCACCGAGAGACUGCGGCAGAAGAAGUGCGAGCACCAAGAGUCGGCGGCAGAAGAAGCGGCGAGCACCAAGAGACAGCGGCAGAAUUAGCGGAGAGCACGGAGAGACGGGGGCAGAAGAAGCGGCGAGCACCGAGAGGCGGCAGCAGAAGAAGCGGAGAGCACGGAGAGACGGCGGCAGAAGAAGCGGCGAGCACCGAGAGAUGGCGGCAGAAGAAGCAGAGAGCACGGAGAGACGGCGGCAGAAGGAGCGGCGAGUACCGAGAGACGGCGGCAGAAGAAGCGGAUAGCACCGAGAGACGGCGGCAGAGGAAGCGGCGAGCACCGAGAGGCGGCAGCAAAAGAAGCGUCAACACCGAGAGACGGUGGCAGAAGACGUGGCGAGCACCGAGAGACGGCGGCAGAAGAAGCGGCGAGCACCAAGAGGCGGCAGCAGAAGAGGUGGCGAACACAGAGAGGCGGCAGCAGAAGAAGCGGCGAGCAACAAGAGACUGUUGCAGAAGAAGCGGCGAGCACCGAGAGGCGGCAGCAGAAGAAUCGGCGAACACCGAGAGGCGGCAGCAGAAGAAGUGGAGAGCACCGAGAGACGGCGGCAGAAGAAGUGGCGAGCACCGAGAGGCGGCAGCAGAGGAAGCGCAGAGCACGGAUAGACGGCGGCAGAAGAAGCGGCGAGCACCGAGAGAAGGCGGCAGAAGAAGCGGAGAGCACGGAGAGACGGCGGCAGAAGAAGCGGCGAGCACCGAGAGGCGGCAGCAGAAGAAGCGGAGAGCACGGAGAGACGGCGGCAGAAGAAGCGGCGAGCACCGAGAGACGGCGGCAAAAGAAGCAGAGAGCACGGAGAGACGGCGGCAGAAGGAUCGAAGAAGCGGCGAGUACCGAGAGACGGCGGCAGAAAAAGCAGCGUGCACCGAGAGACGGCGGCAGAAGAAGCAGCGAGCACCGAGAGACGGCAUAACAAGAAGCGGCGAGUACCGAGAGACGGCGGCAGAAGAAGUGGAGAGCACCGAGAGGCGGCAGCAGAAGAAGCGGCGAGCACCGAGAGGCGGCAGCAGAAGAAGCGGAGAGCACGGAGAGACAGCGGCACAAGAAGCGGCGUGUACCGAGAGACGGCGGCAGAAGAAGCGGAGAGCAGCGAGAGACGGUUGCAGAAGAAGGGGCGAGCACCAAGAGGCGGCAGCAGAAGAUCUGGCGAACACCGUGAGACGGCGGCAGAAGAAGCGGCGAGCACCAAGAUACGGCGGCAGAAGAAGCGGCGAGCACCGAGAGACGGCGGAUGAAAAAGCGGAGAGCACGAAGAGACGGUGGCAGAAGAAGCGGCGAGCACCAAGAGGUGGCAUCAGAAGAAGCGGAGAGCACGGAGAGACGGCGGCAGAAGAAGUGGCGAGCACCGAGAGGCGUCAGCAGAAGAAGCGGCAAACACCGAGAGACAGCGGCAGAAGAAGCGGCGAGCACGGAGAGACGGCGGCAGAAGAAGCUUCGAGCACCGAGAGGCGGCAGCAGAAGAAGCAGAGAGCACGGAGAGACGGCGGCACAAGAAGCGGCGAGUACCGAGAGACGGCGGCAGAAGAAGCGGAGAGCAGCGAGAGACGGCUGCAGAAGAAGGGGGAGCACCAAGAGGCGGCAGCAGAAGAUCCGGCAAACACCGAGAGACGGCGGCAGAAGAAGCGGCGAGCACCAAGAGACGGCGGCAGAAGAAGCGGCGAGCACCGAGAGACGGCGGCAGAAGAAGCGGCGAGCACCAAGAGACGGCGGAUGAAGAAGCGGGGAGCACGGAGAGAUGGCGGCAGAAGAAGCGGCGAGCACCGAGAGGCGGCAGCAGAACAAGCGGAGAGCACGGAGAGACGGCGGCAGAAGAAGUGGCGAGCACCGAGAGUCGUCAGCAGAAGAAGCGGCGAACACCGAGAGACGGCGGUGGGAGAAGCGGCGAGCACCGAGAGACGGCGGCAGAAGAAGUGGCAAGCACCGAGAGACGGCGGAAGAAGAAGCGGCGAGCACCGAGAGACUGCGGCAGAAGAAGCGGAGAGCACGGAGAGACGGCGGCAGAAGAAGUGGCGAGCACGGAGACACGGCGGCAGAAGAAGCGGCGAGCACCGAGAGACGGCGGCAGAAGAAGUGGAGAGCAUGGAGAGACGGCGGCAGAAGCAGCGGCGACCACCGAGAGGCGGCAGCAGAAGAAGUGGACAGCACGGAGAGACGGCGGCAGAAGAAGCGGCGAGCACCGAGAGACGGCGGCAGAAGAAGCGGAGAGCGCGGAGAGACGGCGGCAGAAGAAGCGGCGAGCACCGAGAGGCGGCAGCAGAAGAAGCGGAGAGCACGGAGAGACGGCGGCAGAAGAAGCGGCGAGCACCGAGAGACGGUGGCAGAAGAAGCGGCGAGCACCGUGAGGCGGCAGCAGAAGAAGCAGAGAGCACGGAGAGACGGCGGCAGAAGAAGCGGCGAGUACCUAGAGACGGCAGCAGAACAAGCGGUGAACACAGAGAGGCGGCAGCAGAAGAAGCGGCGAGCACCAAGGACGGCGGCAGAAGAAGCGGCGAGCACCGAGAGGCGGCAGCAGGAGAAGCGGCGAGCACCGAGAGACCGCGUCAGAAGAAGCGGCGAGCACCUAGAGGCGGUAGCAGAAGAAGCGGCGAACACCGAGAGGCGGCAGUAGAAGAAGCGGAGAGCACGGAGAGACGGCGGCACAAGAAGCGUCGAGUACCGAGAGACGGCAGCAGAAGAAGCAUAGAGCACCGAAGGACGGCGGCAGAAGUAGCGGGGAGCACCGAGAGGCGGCAGCAGAAGAAGCGGCGAGCACGGAGAGACCGCGGCAGGAGAAGCGGCGAACACCGAGAGACGGCGGAAGAAGAAGCGGCGAGCACCGAGAGGCGGCAGCAGAAGAAGCGGCGAACACCGAGAGGCGGCAGCAGAAGAAGCGGAGAGCAUGGAGAGACAGCGGCAGAAGAAGCUCAAAAGAAGCGGAGAGCACGGAGAGACGGCGACAGAAGAAGCGGCGAGUACCGAGAGACGGCGGUAGAAGAAGCGGCGAGCCCGAGAGGCCGCAGCAGAAGAAGCAGCGAACACCGAGAGACGGCGGCAGAAGAAGCGGCGAGCACCGAGAGGCGGCAGCAGAAGAAGCGACGAACUCUGAGAGACGGCUGCAGGAGAAGCGGCGAGCACCGAGAGACUGCGGCAGAAGAAGUGCGAGCACCAAGAGUCGGCGGCAGAAGAAGCGGCGAGCACCAAGAGACAGCGGCAGAAUUAGCGGAGAGCACGGAGAGACGGGGGCAGAAGAAGCGGCGAGCACCGAGAGGCGGCAGCAGAAGAAGCGGAGAGCACGGAGAGACGGCGGCAGAAGAAGCGGCGAGCACCGAGAGAUGGCGGCAGAAGAAGCAGAGAGCACGGAGAGACGGCGGCAGAAGGAGCGGCGAGUACCGAGAGACGGCGGCAGAAGAAGCGGAUAGCACCGAGAGACGGCGGCAGAGGAAGCGGCGAGCACCGAGAGGCGGCAGCAAAAGAAGCGUCAACACCGAGAGACGGUGGCAGAAGACGUGGCGAGCACCGAGAGACGGCGGCAGAAGAAGCGGCGAGCACCAAGAGGCGGCAGCAGAAGAGGUGGCGAACACAGAGAGGCGGCAGCAGAAGAAGCGGCGAGCAACAAGAGACUGUUGCAGAAGAAGCGGCGAGCACCGAGAGGCGGCAGCAGAAGAAUCGGCGAACACCGAGAGGCGGCAGCAGAAGAAGUGGAGAGCACCGAGAGACGGCGGCAGAAGAAGUGGCGAGCACCGAGAGGCGGCAGCAGAGGAAGCGCAGAGCACGGAUAGACGGCGGCAGAAGAAGCGGCGAGCACCGAGAGAAGGCGGCAGAAGAAGCGGAGAGCACGGAGAGACGGCGGCAGAAGAAGCGGCGAGCACCGAGAGGCGGCAGCAGAAGAAGCGGAGAGCACGGAGAGACGGCGGCAGAAGAAGCGGCGAGCACCGAGAGACGGCGGCAAAAGAAGCAGAGAGCACGGAGAGACGGCGGCAGAAGGAUCGGCGAGUACCGAGAGACGGCGGCAGAAGAAGCGGAGAGCACCUUGAGACGGUGGCAGAAGAAGCGGCGAGCACCGAGAGGCGGCAGCAGAGGAAGCGCAGAGCACGGAUAGACGGCAGCAGAAGAAGCGGCGAGCACCGAGAGACGGCGGCAGAAGAAGCGGCGAGCACCGAGAGGCGGCAGCAGAAGAAGUGGCGAACUCUGAGAGACGGCUGCAGGAGAAGCGGCGAGCACCAAGAGACUGCGGCAGAAGAAGUGGCGAGCACCAAGAGUCGGCGGCAGAAGAAGCGGCGAGCACCGAGAGACAGCGGCAGAAUUAGCGGAGAGCACGGAGAGACGGCGGCAGAAGAAGCGGCGAGCACCGAGGGACGGCGGCAGAAGAAGCGGCGAGCACCGAGAGACGGCGGCAGAAGAAGCGGAGAGCUCGGAGAGACGGCGGCAGAAGAAGCGGCGAGCACCGAGAGGCGGCAGCAGAAGAAGUGGAGAGCACGGAGAGACGGCGGCAGAAGAAGCGGCGAGCACCGAGAGACGGCGGCAGAAGAAGCGGAGAGCACGGAGAGACGGCGGCAGAAGAAGCGGCGAGCACCGAGAGGCGGCAGCAGAAGAAGCGGAGAGCACGGAGAGACGGCGGCAGAAGAAGCGGCGAGCACCGAGAGACGGCGGCAGAAGAAGCAGAGAGCACGGAGAGACGGCGGCAGAAGAAGCGGCGAGUACCGAGAGACGGCGGCAGAAGAAGCGGAGACCAAGACGGUGGCAGAAGAAGCGGCGAGCACCGAGAGACGGCGGCAGAAGAAGCGGCGAGCACCAAGAGGGGGCAGCAGAGCAAGUGGCGAACACAGAGAGGCGGCAGCAGAAGAAGCGGCGAGCACCAAGAGACGGCGGCAGAAGAAGCGGCGAGCACCGAGAGGCGGCAGCAGAAGAAGCGGCGAACACCGAGAGACGGAGGCAGAAGAAGCGGCGAGCACCGAGAGGCGGCAGCAGAAGAAGCGGCGAACACCCGAGAUGGCGGCAGAAGAAGCGGCGAGCACCGAGAGACGGCGGCAGAAGAAGCGGAGAGCACGGAGAGAGGGCGGCAGAAGAAGCGACGAGCACCGAGAGACGGUGGCAGAAGAAGCGGAGAACACCGAGAGAUGGCGGCAGAAGAAGCGGCGAGCACCGAGAGACGGCGGCAGAAGAAGCGGCGAGCACCGAGAGACGGCGGCAGAAGUUGCGGAGAGCACGGAGAGACGGCGGCAGAAGAAGUGGCGAGCACCGAGAGGUGGCAGCAGAAGAAGCAGAGAGCACGGAGAGAUGGAGGCAGAAGAAGCGGCGAGCACUGAGAGACGGCGGCAGAAGCAGCAGCGAGCACGGAGAGACGGCGGCAGAAGAAGCGGAGAGCACGGAGAGACGGCGGCAGAAGAAGCGGCGAGUACCGAGAGACGGCGGCAGAAGAAGCGGAGAGCACCGAGAGACGGCGGCAGAAGAAGCGGCGAACACCGAGAGGCUUUAGCAGAAGAAGCGGAGAGCACGGAGAGACGGUGGCAGAAGAAGCGGCGAGUACCGAGAGACGGCGGCAGAAGAAGCGGCGAGCACCGAGAGACGGCGGCAGAAGAAGCGGCGAGCACCGAGAGACGGCGGCAGAACAAGAGCGAGUACCGAGAGACGGCGGCAGAAGAAGCGGCGAGCACCGAGAGACGGCGGCAGAAGAAGCGGCGAGCACCGAGAGACAGCGGCAGAGGAAGUGGCGAACACCGAGAGGCGGCAGCAGAGGAAGCGGGGAGCACCGAGAGGCGGCAGCAGAAGAAGCGGAGAGCGCGGAGAGACGGCGGCAGAAGAAGCGGCGAGUACCGAGAGACGGCGGCAGAAGAAGCGGAGAGCACCGAGAGACGGCGGCAUAAGAAGCGGCGAACACCGAGAGGCUUUAGCAGAAGAAGCGGAGAGCACGGAGAGACGGUGGCAGAAGAAGCGGCGAGUACCGAGAGACGGCGGCAGAAGAAGCGGCGAGCACCGAGAGACGGCGGCAGAAGAAGCGGCGAGCACCGAGAGACGGCGGCAGAACAAGCGGCGAGUACCGAGAGACGGCGGCAGAAGAAGCGGCGAGCACCGAGAGGCGGCAGCAGAACAAGCGGCGAGCACAGAGAUUCGGCAGCAGAAGAAGCGGCGAGCACCAAGAGGCGGCAGCAGAAGAAGCGGCGAACACCGAGAGGCGGCAGCAGAAGAAGUGGUGAGCACCGAGAGACGGCGGCAGAAGAAGCGGCGAGCACCGAGAGGCGGCAGCAGAAGAAGCGGCGAACACCAAGAGACGGCGGCAGAAGAAGCGGCGAGCACCGAGAGGCGGCAGCAGAACAAGCGGCGAGCACCGAGAGGCGGCAGCAGAAGAAGCGGCGAGCUCCAAGAGGCGGCAGCAGAAGAAGCGGCGAACACCGAGAGGCGGCAGCAGAAGAAGUGGUGAGCACCGAGAGACGGCGGCAGAAGAAGCGGCGAGCACCGAGAGGCGGCAGCAGAAGAAGCGGCGAACAGCAAGAGACGGCGGCAGAAGAAGUGGCGAGCACCAAGAGGCGGCAGCAGAAGAAGCGGCGAACACCCGAGACGGCGGCAGAAGAAGCGGCGAGCACCGACAGACGGCGGCAGAAGAAGCGGCGAGCACCGAGAGACGGCGGCAGAAGAAGCGGCGAGCACCGAGAGGCGGCAGCAGAACAAGCGGCGAGCACCGAGAGGCGGCAGCAGAAGAAGCGGCGAGCACCGAGAGACGGCGGCAGAAGAAGCGGCGAGCACCGAGAGGCGGCAGCAGAAGAAGCGGCGAGCACCGAGAGACGGCGGCAGAAGAAGCGGCGAGCUCCAAGAGACGGCGGCAGAAGAAGCGGCGAGCACCUAGAGACUGCGGCAGAAGAAGCGGGGAGCACGGAGAGACGGCGGCAGAAGAAGCGGCGAUCACCGAGAGGUGGCAGCAGAAGAAGCGGAGAGCACGGAGAGACGGCGGCAGAAGAAGCGGCGAGCACCGAGAGACGGCGGCAGAAGAAGCAGCGAGCACCGAGAGACGGCGGCAGAAGAAGCAGCGAGCACCGAGAGACGUCGGCAGAAGAAGCGGAGAGUACGGAGAGACGGCGGCAGAAGAAGCGGCGAACACCCCGUGACGGCGGCAGAAGAAGCGGCGAGCACCGAGAGGCGGCAGCAGAAGAAGCGAAGAGCACGGAGAGACGGCGGCAGAAGAAGCGGCGAGUACCGAGAGACGGCGGCAGAAGAAGCGGAGAGCACCGAGAGUCGGCGGCAGAAGAAGCGGCGAGCACCGAGAGGCGGCAGCAAAAGAAGCGGCGAACACCGAGAGGCGGCAGCAGAAGAAGCGGAGAGCACGGAGAGACGGCGGCAGAAGAAGCGGCGAGUACCGAGAGACGGCGGCAGAAGAAGCGGCGAGCACCGAGAGGCGGCAGCAGAAGAAGCGGCGAGCACCGAGAGGCGGCAGCAGAAGAAGCGGCGAGCACCGAGAGACGGUGGCAGAAGAAGCGGCGAGCUCCGAGAGACGGCGGCAGAAGAAGCGGCGAGCUCCGAGAGACGGCGGCAGAAGCGGCGAGCACCGAGAGACGGCGACGCGGCGGCGGCGACGGCGGCGGCGGCAGGCAGCUGUGA